GAUAAACGCACUUGGCUUGUGACUCCGUGGUCUCCCUGCCAAUGUUUACAGUGGAAUAUACUACUAAGACAUUUGAGAUCGUACAUCCUUACUUUUAAAGCUUUAUAUGAGUGUAUUUAAUCAAUUUACAAAUGCACGGUUGCAUGUCAGGGUAGUCUUGUGAUCUUUAAAACGGAAGUAUGUAAAGUGAGUCAAUAAUUAAGAGGUAUUCACAUGCUUUUCAAUCUGACCCCUGGAAAUACGACCAUCGGGUGGUAGUUCCCGUACCCUGUUUCCACGAGUAAAGAUGGCGCAGGCACUGUCAGAAGAGGAGUUCCAUCGAAUGCAGGCCCAGCUGCUGGAGCUGAGAACGCAGAACUACCAGCUCUCUGACGACCUGCGCAAGAACACGGCCGAGCUAAAUGCUAUCCGCCAGAAGACCUCGACCCUGGAGAAGGAUUACGUCAAAGCCCAGAAGGCUCUUAGCAAGAGUAAGAAGGCUCAGGAAGUGGACGCUCUGCUCAGUGAGAAUGAGAUGCUCCAGGGCAAGCUGCACAGCCAGGAGGACGACUUCAGACUCCAGAACAGCACGCUGAUGCAGGAGCUGUCCAAGCUGUGCUCUCAGAUAGAACAGCUGGAGCAGGAGAACACGGGACUGAAAGAGGGGCGGGGCCUGCAGCCCCCUCCCCCAAGCCCCGCCUCCAGCCCGGUAGAUGGAGAGUUGCUCCGCCUCCAGGCAGAGAACUCCGCCCUACAGAAGAAGAUGUCAGCCCUGCAGGAACGCUACGAGAAAGACACACAGACCCACAGGGGGCCGGAGCCCAACGACCUACAGGCCUCGGAGACGGACGGACAGACGGACUCCAACGGCGUCCAGGCGCACCCUGAGACUGGCCCGGAGGGGGAGGAGUCGGCAGAGGGUGGCGCCUCUGAUAGGCUGGAACAGAUGGAGACGAAAUGCGCCAAGCUGGAGCAGCGGGUGAAGAAGCUGAGCGAAGUGGAGCUGCAGUUGCACACGGAGGUGGAGGAAAAGCGAUUACUGAAGGAGCAGCUCCAGACACUGGAGUCAUCCAAGCAGACAGACAUGACAAAGCUUCAGGAGGAGCUAGCCAAGCUCUCCGACAAGUUGAAGAAGAAGCAGGAGAGUUUCCUGCGGUUGCAGGGGGAGAAGGAGGCCCUCUACAAUGACAGCCGGACCAAGAUUGAUGAGAUUCAGCAGAGGAAAGAGGAGGAGCUCAAGUCCAUGAAUAUUCGCAUCCAGAAACUGCAGGCGGAUCUGAUGACAGCCAAUCAGGUGAGGCGUGGGCAGGGGGCCUACUCCUUCCCCCUCCCUCUGUCUCUCCCCGGUGCUGGUCCUGGCUGCGCUGUGGUACAGGUAGCGUGUCAGAGUGCAGUGAGUCAGGAGCAGGUGGAGAACAUCCUGAGCGAGAACGAUGCUCUCAGGACUAACCUAGCGGCGCUAGAACAGAUCCAGACGGUGAAGACCCAGGAGAUGAACCUGCUGCGGGACCAGAACAUGGCUCUCAAUGUGGAGCUGCAGCAGAGACAGGCCGAGCAGGAGAAGCUCCUGGCGCACAGAGACGACCUCAGCUCCCAGCUACAGGAGCUGAACCGAGCCAACAGCCGGCUGCUGGAGCAGCUGGGGGAGCUGGGCCUGGAGAAGGACAAGCUCCAGCAGGGCCUGGAGGAGAGCAGGAAGACCGCGGACAAGCGGAAAGCCAUGCUGGACGAGCUGGCCAUCGAGCUGGCGCAGGAGAAGUCGCGGCAGAAGGAGGAGCUGAGCGACGCGCGCCUCCAGCACGAGAAGGAGGUGCUGGGCGUGCGGGCGCGCUACGAGAAGGAGCUGCGCGGCCUCCACGAGGACAAGAACCGCACCGAGGAGGAGAUCCGCUCCCAGCUGCGCGACGAGAAGGCGCGGUCGCGGGAGCUGGAGAGCCUGCAGCAGACGGUGGAGGACCUGCAGGCUCAAAUCCAGUCCAUGGAGGGCGCCAAGGGGUGGUUCGAGCGCAGGCUUAAAGAAGCGGAGGAGACGGUGGAGAGGAACGCUCUGGAACACACUGAACAGCUCCACAAGCUGCAGCUGGAGCAGGCUGCGCAGCUGCAGGGAAAAAUGGAAGAGAUAGAAGCGGUGAAGCAGCAACUAGCCGAGAUGGAGAAAGAGAAGGACGAACAGAGCUCUGCCAUUGUAAAACUCAAGCAGGAGAUUAAGGACACGGUGGACGGGCAGAGGAUACUGGAGAAGAAGGGGAGUUCGGCGCUGAAGGAUUUGAAGAGACAGCUGCACCUGGAGAGGAAGAGGGCCGACAAGCUGCAGGAGAGGCUGCAGGAGAUCCUGACCAACACUAAGACCAGGACAGGUACGGUACAGAGAAGACCACAAGGUAGCACCCCCGCGCAGAGCGCCAACAAGUCCAACACUGGCAGCCCCCAGUCGCAGAGACCUGCCGACCUGUCGGAUGAUGAAGUCGGCGAGCUGUUCCAGCGCUUGGCCGAGGUUCAGCAGGAGAAGUGGAUGCUGGAGGAGAAGGUGAAGCACUUGGAGGUGAGCUGCUCCUCCAUGGCCGACGACAUCUGCAAGAAGAGCGCCAUCAUCGAGACCUACGUCAUGGACAGCCGGAGAGACGUGUCCGGCGCCGCGGCGGUGUCCCACGGUUCCCAGGCGGAGCGCGGGAGCCUGGGCUCGGUGCUCCGGGACCUGGUGAAGCCCGGCGACGAGAACCUGCGCGAGAUGAACAAGAAGCUCCAGAACAUGCUGGAGGAGCAGCUCACCAAGAACAUGCACUUACAGAAGGACCUUGAAGUUCUGUCUCAGGAGAUCGUUCGCCUAAGCAAAGACGCAUGCACAAGUCCGGGAGGAGACCCUCCCGCUACGGGCUAGGCCUGGAAAAAGCCCCUCCUCCCGCCCACCCUCCAUCUCAUUCUGUUUCCGCAGCAACCAAGAGGCAGACACCACUCAAGCUUGCUAAGGGACUGAACCUCUGGCAGACAAACGCGGUGUGAACGAGGGGGGGGGGCAGAGGUGGGGAGGGGCUUUUUUGGCGGUAACGGAAACGCAUUUAACUACUGAAUGUAUUCGAUGCAACACGUUGUCCUUUUGAAAAGCGGAAAACGGAAAGGGGGUGGGGGGGGUGGGAGAGAGAGUGAACUGGGCCUGCCUUUGGUCAGAAGACUUUGGUUUUACUCCCCUCCAGGCGGGGGCCUGAGCCCAAUUCCAGGACAGUGAGCAUGUGCGCCCCCCCCGCCCCCCCCCUUCCAGAAAGGUCCUUCGGUCAUUGAGUGGAAGAGCGUCGGCUUCUCGAGCUCGUAGUUUGAAACGGAGGCUGAAGUUUGCAUGCUCCGCCCACUCUCCCAUCGACUGUACAUUUGCACCACUCAGCUCCCGUCGUCAGCUGCUUAAAAAAUCCGUACCACACAACGGAGGUAUGAACGGUUUAUCAUUUCAGAGAAAAUUAAUUCUCGGGUUGAGCAAAAACUUUCGAAACCCCAGUCAGGGUUUUCGCGUUAAGUUACACCGCACUGGUGCCCAAUCACGUGCCGGGGCCGUUUCACUCCACCCAAUCACCUCACCUGCUGAUUUCACUAAUUAAGACACCGUCAGCCAGAGAACUAAUGAGCGAAAUCAGCAGGUGACGUGAUUGGCUGGAAUGAAAUCCACAACGGCGCGCGAUUGGGCACCACUGCUGCACAGGAAGCCCAAGAAUUGAUUCAACUUCAUUCACAAUGUGACCAAUGACACGUUUUGGGAUAAAUGCAGGCCUUCCCUCGUUGUACGCUAAUUGUUAAUUGUUUAUGAUCAUUCCUUUCGACGGCGUGCUGGCUUGUAAUAUCAGGAUAUUGAUGCGAUUUGUUCUUCCCUCGUCACAUUUAUGGAUUCUUUUGUCGUCAAAUUCAAGUCCUUUUAUCCGCACAGUUAAGUUUUUUUGUUUUUUUUUGUUUUUUAAAUGGCUGCUCUACUGACAGAACUGCAGAGACGCAGAGGACCACAGUGUCAGUGCUUUGUAUCAGCUUGAGUGUACUAAUGUGUACCUGAGCCUGGCUGUUUUAUUUUUUUUACUAUUUUGAUUCCUGGAAGCCUUACCACUCCUGAACAUCUCCCACAUGUUUAGAUGCCCCCACCCCUCCACCCCUCCAUUUACAGCCACACUUAAACAACUGGGUCACACGUUGUAUGACACCUCCAAAUUAAUCUUUGGAGUUUUGGUCUUUGUAGUUUUGACGGCCCCCUGAACACAUUUCAUUGCUUGUGAAAGGCACGGAGUAAGACCCUUGCUUUAGGCCCUUCCUGGUCCCGUACAGGAAGGGGGAGGGGUUUGUAUGAAGGUCCUGCCCGGGCAUUGAACAGAUAACGGGAUCUUUUAGUGAGGUCGCCUCGGUCAGUCUUACACACGCGCAAGAGCUUUUCCACAUUACCACCAACUGCCUUCCUGUGUGUAAUAGUGAGUGAACCUUGAUUAUGAAGCUGAAGUUUUUCCCCAUCCUUGGCUUUUUGUAGGUAAGCUGUAUAUAUGAAUGUUACAAAACGAAACUGUUUUUUUUUGUUUGUUUGUUUGUUUGUUUUUGAAAAUUGAGUGAAAUGAGAUGAAGCGAGGGAGAGGGAGGACACGCGUCCGUGUCGAUCUUUGCCUUCGUCCCCUUAACUGUAACCAAAACAUUUAAACGUCUAUUUAAUCUUUUAGAUGGAAAUAAAUUUCAAAUUUUAA